AUGCGAAUAUCGGGAUGUCAGAGAAGGGGAAGCAUAGGAUCAGGAGAUCCGGAUCAAGGCAAUGGAAUGAGAAUGGUAACCGUCUUGUUGAACUCUUAUCUGCCGCACACUUUUUUUACUCCAUCUUUAUAUAGAAAGAACACCAGCGGUGGACAAGGGUCACCCAACGGUACGAUUCAUGCGAAGAUCGACAAUCCUCAGCAAAAGUGGCGCUUACUGGACGUCUCAGUGUACCAUCCUCCUGGUUUGGAUUGCAUUGUCUUUGGGCAAUGCGAAUCAGCCGAAAGCGAAAAAGAGGUCGGUCACCUUGUUACAGGAGGGAGAAAAGCGUAUAUGACGGCGUCAGACUUUAGGGGCUCUUGA